AUGGACUCGCUCGCCACCUCCGUCGCCGCCAUCUUCGAAUUUCCCAUCGACUUCGCCGGCCAGAAAAAAGCCCACGACCUCCUUUCUCGCUGUCUCUCCCUUGGUGUUCUUGCCAGCAUUGUCGCCGGUAUUUUUACUAACAGUAUCCACGCAUUGGUGUAUACCUUCGCUGCGUCUCUCGUGAUUACCUUUGUGGCCGUAGUUCCUGCUUGGCCUGCUUUCAAGCAAAACCCACAAUCGUUUUUGCCCGUGAAAUAUGACCUUUGA